AUGGCGGACCACAAGUGGCACGCCACCGGCGGCCCGCUAUCUUCCAAUCUGAUUUUGCUAUCUGGGGACCAAGGGCACCUCAACCCCAACAGUUUCCAUUGUGAGAAAGAUGGUCGUAUAGCUACAUUCACCCUGAUCAAUGCUGCACCUAUGGAUGCCUGCUUCAACUGUGUCCAUGGGAAAGACUGGGAGAAGGGCGUCAAAGACAUUUUGAAUGCUGAACAACCAGGUGCAGGAACUGCCUACUUGGUAACAGGAACAGUUGUUGAUGUAUCACAAGAUUAUAGAAUACCAAGACGAGGGGAAUUUGGUGAUGAUAGCACAAGAGAAUACCACAGUGUUACUGUUCCUACUCAUAUCUGGACAGCUGUCUGUUAUAAGCAUAAUGUUGAUGAUGAGAAGUCCUUUUCAUUUGGCUACAUAGGAAAAAAUCAGCCCGACAGCAACCAGAUACUGCUCAUGUCUGAUGAUGCUCUGAAUACAUUUCAUACCGCUACGAGCCAGUUUAAUGAUAAAGUUCUACAUCCUUUAAAGAGGCCAAAAGUAACAGAAAUGACAAUACUUGAGUCUUUUGACAGCCUGGAGACAUGGUUUAAAACGACAGAGAUCAUGAAAUAUAUCUGUCUGGGUCGGCUUGUGUACUGUCACAGCCAAUCUGUACCUUCAUAAAGACUGUUGGUAGAAGAGAGUUGAAAAAAAGAGACACUGGUGAUGAUUCUCAAGAGGUCGUUUGUAGGCUUGUUCCAGAGGACG